GUGAGAAUAAGGUAGUUGGUAGUAGUAUUAGUUGCGCAUCUCACUUCGGACAUAGCCGUAGCGACUAAGAUGGACCAUACUGAAGCCGUAGACCCAACUUAUUGGACUUCGAGAAGCCACCCCAUGAAGUAUUUAAUACUACCCACCACCUACGAAUGUAUAAAUACUCGGUGUUCAACUUUAAGAAUGCAAUAUAACGACAUCCUCACAACCUCACACAAAUCUCAUGACGACCUCCUUGGCCAAUAUGGCUAAAUUCGAACUACCAAAAUCAGCAAGUGGUCUCCGCGUAGUGCCUGACACUCAACUCGACCUACGGCCCGAAUCCGAAAUCAUAAACGAACUCCGUUCUUUUCGGCCCAUCACUUCAGAGAAGAAUGUAUGGGCUUUCUGGGAUAAGGGUAUCGAUUAUAUGUACCCAAGCUACAGAUGUACCGUGGUGAACUGGGUGAAAAAGCUCGGCAGGUCCUGGACAGUUCGCCUCGUAGAUCUUGUCGAGGACUCACCUAAUAACGUCUACAACUAUGUCUCUAAAGACUGGUUUCCCGACUGUUUCGUAAACCAGACGAUGGACGGCAGACAUGCGGCACAACAUUCUGCUGAUCUUGUGAGGCUGCCGCUUCUAUUCGAGCACGGAGGUGUCUGGAUGGACGUCGGAAGUAUGUUGCACACUCAUCUCGACCUUUUAUUCUGGGACCACCUCACGGCUCCGGAUACCCCUUACGAGAUGGCCGCCUGGAUUAUUACCGGCCAGAUUAGAAAGGAAUGGGGCAGCUUCGCAAACUACGUGAUGGCUGCACGAAAAGGUUGCGUUUUUAUCAAAAAUUGGCACGACGGUUACAAACAGCUGUGGAAGGGACGCACCAAUGCAGAUGGCUUCCAUAAAAUGCCCCUAAUACAGGACAUUGGGCUUGCCGAGGGAAUAGCCGAUUGUGGUUUCGAGGGUAAGGUCAAAGAGAUGAGCGACUACGUGGCGCAGAUGCUCAUUGGCGACCGUACGAGAAACCUGCACGAUCUGAACACGGACUGGAACGGACGCGAGUAUUACAAGAACAAGGUGUUUAUGGUGGAAGGGAUUCUGAACGGCGUGCUAGGUGCGAUCAAGACAGAAGCCGACGGAGCUAAGCAAGUAGAGCUCUUCACUACUCGGCUCGACGAACCAGAUGAAGCGAAGAGGCAGGCGGCCGAAGCCUUCAUAAUAGAGAUGUUGGAGCAAAGCCACAUGUAUAAGGUAUACCAUAACUCGGCAGGCGGGCUGCCCGCGCUGGGAGACCUUGUGAAGAAGAAGGAAUUCAUGGAUGCAGACCAUAGGCCCGGCACCUUCGGCGAGAUGUACAGGUAUGGCACAGUCCACUGGGAGUCAACCCGUGGGGUGGAACGGCUGGUCCCGCAAAUCGACGAGAAGGAGGAGCUAAUUCGGGCCACACCUACGACUCCGGCAUUGCGCAAAUAGAAAUAAGGGUUGGGACCACUGAUUAGUAUAGAGCAGGCCUUAAUGUAACAUUAUUGAUAGAAAGGGGGGGUUUUUUUUACUCGAAGAUAGCAUUCUAGUUCACGUCAAUAUACCUUAUUAUACGCAG